AUGGCUUUAUUGGCAACCCAUAAGCAACAAAGACCUGCCCAGACGCGGUUUGGUAAUGGCUUUUUUGUAUGGAAGGAACCAAUUUAUAAUCUUGAUAGCGAUGAGCUUGAGGCUGAAUGUGAUGUGAAUGUCAAAGAUCAGGUCAAUGUCGAAGUCGAAGAUAGAGUGAAUGUGAUUUCUUCUUCGAGUAGUGGUCCGUUGGAGCCAUUUAUUGGUAUGGUAUUUGAGGAAGUUGAAGACGCCCAAGCAUUUUAUAAGGCAUAUGCAAGGCGACAAAGAUUUGUAAUCCGGACGAAUCAUAAUCGAUUGUUGAAAGAUGAUAAAACUCUUUGUGCAGUAGACUAUGUUUGUACAAUGGAAGGAUUUCGACGGAGUAGUCAAAAAGACACGGAUCGAAUAAUCCCUGAACCUAUUGAGACAAAGAUUAGAUGUAAAGCAAUAAUGGGAAUAAAGAAAGAUGGUGAAAAAUGGAUAGUGAACAAGUUUGUGGUUGGAAAUAAUCAUAUUUUACUUAUACCGAGAAGUACUAGUUUCCUUCGUGAACAUAGGGGAGUUACUAAAGUACAAAAAAAACUUAUUAUUACCUUGAAUGAGUCCAGUGUACCGAUACGGAAGAUAAUGUCGAUGUUGAGUAAAGAUUCAGGUGGUGACUUUAAUAUCGGUUGUAUUGGUAAGGAUGUAGAAAAUUACAUGAGAAGCCAAAGAAGAAAAGUAUUUGAAGAUGGGGAUGCACAAAGGUUAUAUUCAUACUUUCUUGAUCGACAACUCAAAGAACUUGGAUUUGUGUUCUCCAUGCAAGUUGAUAAUGAUGGGUGUAUGGGAAGUUGUUUUUGGACUGAUGCGCGAUCAAGAGUUGCAUACCAAUAUUUUGGAGAUAUUGUUACAUUUGAUGCCACUUACCUUACCAAUAUUUAUAAAAUGCCAUUUGUGUCAUUUUCUGGAGUUAAUCAUCAUCAUCAGACCAUAAUGUUUGGGUGUGCCUUGUUAGUUAAUGAAACGGCGGAAUCAUAUACAUGGUUACUGAGAACAUGGCAAGAGGCAAUGCUUGGACGUGCCCCUUCAACGAUAAUUAUCGAUGAUGACAAGGCGAUGACUAAGGCAAUUAUUGAAGUACUCCCGAAUACAACUCAUAGGUUGUGCUUGUGGCACAUUUUACAAAAGUUUCCCGAACACUUAGCCUAUGUAUAUAACAAAUUUCCGGACUUCCAAAAAUAUUUUGGUCAUUACAUCCAUGAGACAAUUACUACCGAUGAAUUUGAGCAAGAAUGGGCUUUGAUUGUGGUGAAGUAUGACCUAGGAGAAAAUAUUUGGCUGCAAAAUCUUUAUAGCCGACGGGAUAAUUGGGUACCGGCCUACUUGCGUUCGACAUUUUGUGCUGGUAUGUCAACAACUCAGAGGAGUGAAAGCAUGAACAAAUUUUUUAAAGAUUAUGUUCAUUCAAGCAUUAUGGUUAGUGACUUUGUGCAUCAAUAUGAAAAAGCAAUAGAUGCACGUUACUUUAAAGAGAAAGAGAAGGAUGUGCGGACAAAAUCUACGCAGGCAAUAAUGAAGACACCUUUUAAAAUUGAAGAGGAGGCGGCAAUGUUAGCAGAAAAACACAAUCACUUCACACUUGCAUUGGAGAAUGUUCAUAAAGAGUUGCUUGCAAUGGAUGAACUUGACGGCGAGGAGAAGCUAAUAAUUUUGACUCAGCGGAGGAACAGCUGGGGACGGGUUGCGCUAGCUCUUGCCAUGGCUAAAGGGAUAGAUCUGUUCUCUCAGCAGCUUGUCGAACAGGUAACCCUGGUAAAGGAAACUCAGAAGUCCCAGCAGAAACUUCUUGAUGAGCUUGUGCAACAUAUGAGUAACCUCACUUCCAGCUUCGACUCUUUCACCCGAAUGCAGUCCAAGACUCAAGAUAUCAACUCUUCCGAAGGUUCGGCUUUUGAAGGCAAAUUAGGAUCAUGCAUUCAGAAGGAAAAUUGA